UUCUCUUUUCUCUUUUUCUCUUCAAUUUUAGGGUUUUCUUUUUUGCAAACAUUUCUCUUUGUUUAUUUCUUUUCAUUCCCUUCGUUGCCUUUGUUUCUGUUUUAGAGGAUUUUCUUCUGUCGAAUCUCGUAAGAACUGAAUUUUAGAGAUCAGUUCUUGUUUUGGUUUCACCUUGUCAAUCAGAUUUAAGCAAAUUCUGAAUCCAUACUACUACCAUCUCGAAAAUCCUUGCACAAAUAAUGUUCUGUUACCUGCCAUAAACGCGGUGUAGCUUUGGCUAUGAGAAGUUUUCUGGGAGCCUGCGAUUGAUGGACUGCUCACCCAAUAGCAGUGAUAAGAAAACAUUGAAGAGGUGGUUUUUCAUAGAUAAAAGGGUUGGCUAAAAAGUUUUGAGUAUUGAAGGUUCAUAACUGUACAAAGCUGCUGCUAUUAUCAAAGAUCUAGUUUAACCUGCUAUAAGUGUGCUUUAAAGUGAUCUGAAGCUAAUGGAGUUGAAGUCCAGUCAUUCAUCUCCUGUCCUCACUGAUCCUAUUUCAAUCAACAAGUCAAGACUAGGCAUCCACCCCAAUCUGCUGUCCUAUGCACAAUCAGGUGGAUCUUUAUCCUCUGGAAAGUGUAUGACAAUUCCCAGAAAGAAACCUGGAAAGCUUGAUGAUGUUCGGUCCAAUGGUUGGCUGGAUGCCAUGAAAUCUUCAUCACCCCCUCGUAAGAAGUUAAUCAAGGACUUCAAUAUUGAGGUUGCUGCAGAUGAUAUUGAUAUUUCUUAUUGCUCCUGGAUGAUUAAAUAUCCAUCUGCACUUAAAUCUUUUGAGAAAAUUUCCAAAAAUGCCAAGAACAAGAAGAUAGCCGUUUUUCUAGAUUAUGAUGGUACUCUUUCUCCCAUAGUUGAUGACCCAGAUCGUGCCUUCAUGCCUGAUACUAUGCGUUCUGCUGUCAGGGAUGUUGCAAAGUAUUUCCCAACAGCAAUUAUUAGUGGCAGAAGUCGUGAUAAGGUUUACGAAUUAGUAGGACUAACUGAACUUUAUUAUGCUGGUAGUCAUGGGAUGGACAUUAUGGGCCCUGUGAGUCAUACAGAGUCUGAUGACCAUACAAAUUUUACUAGAUCAACUGACCAACAGGGCAAGGAGGUAAACCUCUUCCAGCCCGCUAGAGAAUUCAUACCUAUGAUCGACGAGCAGGUUUUUAAAAACCUUGUCGAGAAUACUAAAGGCAUAAAAGGUGCAAUAGUUGAGAAUCACAAGUUUUGUGCCUCUGUACAUUACCGUAAUGUAGAAGAGAAGAACUGGCCAACCGUCGCACAAUGUGUUCAUGAUAUUUUGAAAGACUAUCCUCGUUUGCGAUUAACUCAUGGGCGGAAGGUUUUAGAGAUCCGUCCAGUGAUUGACUGGAAUAAAGGGAAGGCAGUUGAAUUCUUGCUCGAAUCCCUUGGAUUAAGUGAUAGAGAUGAUGUGCUCCCAAUCUAUAUUGGAGAUGACAAGUCUGAUGAGGAUGCAUUCAGGGUUUUACGGGAAGGAAGUCGGGGUUACGGGAUCUUGGUGUCUUCAAUGCCCAAAGAAAGCAAGGCGUUUUACUCUCUCAGGGAUCCGUCAGAGGUGAAGAAAUUUCUAAAGGCUUUGGUGAGAUGGAAGAAGUUUGAAGAAGCUUGAAGAAAGCAGGAGCACAAUAAAUUUCUAGUCAUUCCAUUCCAGUGGCCAUAUUAUUUUCAAUCUUUGUCAGAAAUUUGAAAAUAUCAAUUCAAAACUAAAUAUUUACAUAAAUAUCUUUCCCUCGAUAUUGUAAAUGCAUUUUCCCUGGCUAUUGGGGUUUAUUUAUACAGUUAGCUUUGAGGUCAA